AUGCCGCCCAAGAAGGGUAGUGAUCAGCCGAAGAAGUCGAAGGCGACGGUGGAGGAUAAGACCUUUGGCAUGAAAAAUAAAAAAGGAGGAAGUGCAAAGAAACAGAUAGCCCAGCUUCAAGCCCAAGCACGAUCAAAUAAGACUGCAGAUGACAAGAAGAAAGAGGCUCAACGAAUCCAGCGGGAAAAGGAUAAGGCUGCCGCUGAACAGGCCAAGCGCGAAGCUGCAGAGCUCUUCAAACCUGUCCAGGUCCAAAAAGUACCCUUUGGCGUCGACCCUAAAACCGUCCUCUGCGUAUUCUUCAAAAAGGGGAGUUGUGAGAAAGGGAAAAAAUGCAAAUUCAGCCACGACUCUGCGGUGGAGCGGAAAGCGCAGAAGAAAGAUUUAUAUUCCGACUCCAGAUAUGCGGAGGAGGACAAGAAGCUGGAUCUUAUGGAUAACUGGGACGAGGAAAAGUUGAGAAAUGUCGUGCUGAGCAAGCACGGUAACCCGAAGACGACAACUGACAAGGUCUGCAAGUACUUCAUUGAGGCCGUGGAAAAUCAGAAAUAUGGCUGGUUCUGGGUUUGCCCUAACGGAGGGGAUAAGUGCAUGUACAAACACAGUCUGCCACCUGGAUUCGUCCUUAAAACCAAGGAGCAAAGAGCUGCUGAAAAGGCUCUGAUGGACAAAUCUCCCCUGAAAACUCUGACCCUUGAAGAUUUUCUCGAGUCCGAACGCCAUAAACUUACCGGCAAGCUAACCCCAGUCACUCCAGAAACGUUCGCCAAGUGGAAAAAAGAACGUCUUGACAAGAAAGCUGCGGAGGAAGAGGCCCGGAAGGCGAAAGAUGCCAGCGGUCGUGCCAUGUUCGAAAACGGCGACUGGAACGCAUCAGAAGACGAAAGUGGUGAUGGCAGCGAUCAUGACGACGAUGAUAACCAAAAUGAAUGGAAUAUGGAGUCGCUGCGCAAAGAGACCGAACGGCUACGGGAUCAAUCUGAGGAGGAACGCAUUGCAAAACUUCGCGGUGCUUCAUCUCAGGUGCAUGCAAACGGCGCCGGCCUAGACGAACCAUCAAAUCCAGUCGAUGGAGCAGGAUAG